CACCAGCUGCUCUGAUUGGUCUACAUUACUUGUUGUUGAACUAACUGCACCGGAUGUAAAAGUACACCAGCGCUGCUAAUACGAAAGGUCCACUCAUUGAUACCUGUGGUGCACUUCCGCUGAGACUAUGUCGGACAGUGAUGGCCAUGCUCAAGAGCCGUCCGGACUGGAUGGUCUACCACCAAUGCACAGCAUUGCCAAGGGAGAGGUGGUCUCUGUUCAGACCUACGGAGCCUUCGUCAGACUGCCGGGCUACAAGAAAGAAGGCCUGGUGCACGUGAGUGAGAUGUCAUCAUCACGCAUUGAGAGUGCCUCAGAAGUUGUCGAUAUGGGGGAACAGGUGUGGAUUAAAGUCAUUGGGAGAGAGAUGCGAGAUGACAAGGUCAAGCUGUCCUUCUCAAUGAAAGCUGUCAAUCAGGGAACUGGGCAGGACUUGGACCCAAACAAUGUCAUGGGAGAGCAGGAUGCGAGGCGACGUAGGCAAUUUAGAGAUCACACAGGCAACAGGAUCACACUGGAGGCCGUCCUCAACACAACGUGCUCAAAGUGCGGCUGCAAGGGUCACUUUACAAAGGACUGUUUCUCUGCUCCGGGCUUGCAGUACGCUCUGUUACCUGAUGAGAGCGCUGAAGAGCCACGGCAGCAACAGCAGCAGACAACUUCAGUUGCACCACAGCAAGAGUCAGCUAAAAAGAAGAAGAAAAAGAAGGAGAAGAAAAUGAAGAAGAAGAGGGAGAGGAAGGAGUCGGAGAGCGGCAGCAGCAGCAGCGGCGAAUGCAAAACCAAGAAGAGGCGCCACGAGCACACUCACGACAAAGAGGACAAGAAGAAGAAGAAACAUAAGAAACACAGAUCACACAAACACAGCAGCUGAGCCACACAACUCAAACACACAUCUUAAGUCACACAAACUGCAGCUAUCAGACAGACGCAAGGGGGGGGGAAGUGAGUAACAACAGACGGAGUGACAGACUUCCAGCUGUGAAUCCUUUAAUAAUCUCUCCCAACGACAGCUCAUUAUAGAAACCUUCAUUCAUUUGAGUGAAGGAAGGUUUUCCCUCACUGUCUCGUUAUGUUAUUGGAAGCACAUUCAGACUUCCUGUCAAGUUUAAAGAAUUAAAAUAUGUCAAGAUGGAAAGUGCUGCUAACACAAAAAUCAGGUGACAAGCCCCACUUGUCCUAAAGUAACCUCCGACUCCCCCUCAGAGGGAGGAGUUCACACAUCAUAUGUAACCGUUAGGGCAACAUGUGGAUACCCCUCCUGUAAUCCAGAUAUUGUUUACAGCUAUCAGGUUUCAUCAAGCAUUCAUUAAGAAGACAAUAAAGCUGAAUCUUGGGGGGGGUCUAACAUGAAAAUCCUUCCAAUAAGCCACAGAGAGAAAGCUACACACACACACACACGCAUAGGAAGUAUUAGAGACAAACAGGACGUGUAAUGCAGCACAAGUGAGCAUGACGGGAAGCUCAUGCUGUGAUGAUAUCCUGGGGUUGUCUGCCGCUUAUUGUCCGUUUGUGUGUACAUCAACAUGUGUGUUUGUGUAUCUUUGCCUCCAGGACAUUACACACAACCCUCCUUCCUGCAUGUCAACUGUUAACUCCAAUAAAGGUGUUUUUUAUUUGUGAACAUAAAAA